UCGAAGCAGUCCGCCAAGUGAGGAGCAGACUUCCUCCAAACACACCUCAGCACACACAUCUCUGCCUCCGAUCGACCACCAUGGGUGUACGGGACGCUGCCUCUGCCCUGCUGCUGGGCCUGCUGUGCCUCCUUCACACCUGGGGAGCCAGGGCCGUUGUGGAGAUAAACAUGGAGGACAAAGUGGAAGCUUUUUUGGGAGACACGACUCAGAUCACCUGCAUGUUCAAAUCGGACGACUUUGGCGGCAGCGGCGGCUUGACCAUAGAGUGGUACUAUGUAAAGAGUUCAAAAGACACUCAACGAAUCUACAGCCAGGACAGCCUUCACAGCACCGUGGACAAGAACACUCCGUACACUGAUCGGAUCACGGUGAAUACCACCGGAACCACUGGAGAGGUGGUGCUGACAAUCAGAGAUGUGCAGCUGAGCGACGAUGAGGUGGCGUUCAAGUGUCACGUCAAGAUCAUUGGCGAAAAGGAGGCAGUGGGAAGCACAAAGCUGAAAGUGUUUAAAACACCAGAGGAUCCCACAAUUCAAGGUGUGGAAAAAGGAAUAUCAGUCAGCGAUGAAGUGACAAAGAUUGCCUCUUGCGAGGUGAAAAAUGGAUACCCCAAACCAAAGAUCACCUGGUACAGAAACAACAUGCCACUGCACAAUACUCCAGAUGUUGUAAAAGUGGAUCACAGAAUCACCACUCAGUCGACUGGUUUAUUUUCGGUCAACAGUGACCUGAACAUGAAGGUGGAGAAGAAGGACAAAGAUGCAGUUUUCUACUGCGAGGUCACAUUCCUUGUUCCUGGAGCUGAGAAAAUGCUUGAAAGCAACAGUAUUAACAUCACUGUCUUCUAUCCUCCCACGACAGUAAAUCUGUGGGUUGAAUCCCCAAAGGGUAAAAUCAAGGAGGGCGACACGGUGGAGCUCCGCUGCGCCAGUGAUGGAAGUAGUGAAUCCCAAAUUUUCACAAUUGGCAGUGAUAUUGGUCCACGUUUGACGAUGGAGAACGUUACUCGUCGCGAUAGUAAUGUUUACUUCUGCACCGUAGAGGACUUUGAAAAUUUUGUGACAUUAUCAACAAACAACACAGUGUUUGUCAACUAUCUGGACGAGGUGGUCAUUGAACCCACCGGCUCUGUUUUGGUGGACUGGAAGAAAGAGUUUUCGGCUACCUGCAAUGCUUUGUCAUCUCUCAGCACCAGCACAACAUGGUUUAAGAAUGGAAAAGAAGUUGAAAAGGGUCACCAUUUAAACCUGAAGGCUGUAACGUAUGACACCGCAGGAACAUAUGUUUGCGUAGUGACAGUACCGGAGAGUCCGGGAAUGCAAGCCCACGCUUCACUACAGCUCAAUGUUCAGGGCCCACCAGAGAUGAUAGAAAAACAGCUCAAUGAGAAAGAGACCAAUGAGAGGGAACUUGAACUUACCUGUCACGUCAGAAGCUUCCCAACUCCCAAUAUAACCUGGGGCACCAGUAAUGGGAAGAUCAUCAGCUCCUCAAAUCACAUGACCGAUGUGGGUGCUAAGAGCGUAGCCAAAGUUGAAGUCAGUAUCACUUCAAACACAACCGUUUUCUGCAACGCCUCAAAUGAGUUCGGCAAAGACUCGGUUACGUACGUCAUCAAAUUCACUAAACACACCACCACACCAGCAACUACCACCACAACAAUAUCUCCAACAACCAUUACAGCAGCCAACACAACCAACAAUACAAGCACAUCCACCAAUGCUGCCAAACCCAAAUCCACAGUCAAAGCAGAGACACCCAAACCACAAGAGAAAGUCCAAAAAGGAAGCUAUGGUGUUGUCAUUGCAGUGAUCAUUAUCUGCAUCCUGCUUCUGGCCAUCUUGGGUAGCGUGCUUUACUUCCUUUACAAAAAAGGCAAGAUCUGCAAUCGAUCAGGAAAAAAGGACUUCACUAAAGAGAAAUCCAGCAAAGAUAAGAUUGUGGUGGAGAUGAAGAGUGACAACACAGAGGAGGCGAUUCUGCUCGGGGUCAACGGAGAAAAACAGCUACCCAACGACCAGUGAUGAGAACCUGCAUGUUCAGAAGUGAGGUGGUGAGAAAGCUGCUCCUGGUGUUCCCUCUCAGGCUCAGACCCCCAGAUGCCUUCAAGUCGCCACCAAAGCUCCUUCUUUCAGAGUUACAUCAUGGAGAUAAUCAUCUGACACUUGAACAGUUCAAAGUGAAAGAAUUGUUGUUUUUUUUUAUUUGCUGUCCAUAUAUGCUCCUUGAGUAGAAAUUGAACACAAUAUGCAAGCUCCAUGAUGUAACUCCACAACACGCCUACCAAGCUUUGUCUGUCUCAUUAUUGCAAGCCUUGUAUACUGCUGAUUGUCUGAGGAACAAGAAUUAUAGCACAAAGUUGACAGGGUCUGCUUUAAGUACAGGGGUGGACGAAUUCAUUGUCUGCCCUGAGAAAAGUGUGUAAAAGCCUUAAAAUAAACUACUGUUUUACUCAGGUUACAUCAUCUCACAAUGAAAGGUUGUGAGAAAUCCAAUGGUUACUUCAAGAAAAAUUUAUUCAGAUGAAUAAGAAAAUUCAAUUCAAAUAUUUGGGAAAAUGUCUAUUUUUAUCCAGGAAAAUUAGUUUUGUUAUUUAGCUGUUUAAAUUAUGCCUCCUCCAUGUUUUUGUUUGUAUUUAGUACUUCCCUGGACAUGAUAAAACACCUUAGGAUUGUUUAAAAAAUAAACUGCAGCAGAGGUUUCUGAAUUACCAGCAGAUUUUAAAUAAAACAUCGUCGCUGGGUCCUUCAGCAAGAUAGCGACGGAAAGAACAAAACUACUAACCUUUGUUCUACGGAGACAGAACCAACCUUCUCAAAUAAUCUACAAUAAGUCAAGUCAAUCUGCUGAAUAUUGAAAAUGAGUAAAAUAGUUCUACUGCAAAGUAAAGACGUUUAUUUUGAGGCUCUUUGCACAUUUUUACCAUGGGUGCCAUUAAAUAUGUCCACGCUGUAUGACAUAGCAUCACCUCAAGCAGUGCAAUCCACUGAAGAGAAUUAUGAUGCAGCUCAGUUACUGUACAUAUUAUAAUCUAUGUAUAUAUAUCUUUAUUUAAAAUAACACACACGCAAAACAAACAAAAAAAGACAUAUAUAUAUAUAUCCAGACAGUGUUUCUAUGAUUCGGUGCUUGUUGGAGAUAAAGCGGGAGCUCGAUUUGGUUGAUUGUUUUGUUUAUUUUCUGCUAUGUUUCAGUCUGCACACUGAAAGUUAAGAGACGCCUCACCUCUUCAGCUACACCUUUUUUAUUCUUUAAAUACAAACAUGCAGGUUAUUUAAUGAUGCAUCACUCAGUUUCUCAACUCCCAGUGCUCUGCAGAUGAUGGACAGUAUUUUCUGAGGCUGAAGAAGUUGAACUAUUUGGUGAUGUUUUUCUAUAUUAUCUUUUUUUUGGGGUCUCUAUAUUUUUACAUUUGAUCAGAUUUAUUUGUUAGAUUUAUUGCAUUGCCACUAGUCAGGUUAUAUUGUUACAUUUAUUUUCCUAGAUAUGACAUUCAGAUGCUUUUCAAAAACUUCACAUUUUGUACUGUUGUUGUUUUUUUUUCUAUUUAUUUUCCAUGCACUGAUUUUUGUUUUUUCUUUUUUUGUGUGUGUGUAUUCAUGCAGUUUUUCUCCAGUAUGACAUGUUUUUAAAACAAUUGUAUGCUAAUGACCUCAAUUUCUAUAGCUGUUUUUUUUCUUUACGAGAAGGAAAUAUGAGAUCAGAAGAGGUUGUCCUUAUCACACACAUUUCUGUUCACCGAAUGCAUUUCUGGAAUAACUGAAACUUGAGCUAAUCUAACCCAAAGAGACACAGAACCCCCUCACACCUGAAGCCUUAAACCAACAACUGCUCUUCAUGUAAGUGCUUUGUGUUCAUGUUGGUUCCCAUAGUAUCUGUGUACUACUGAGGAGGGGGGAAUGACUGUGUCUAAACUCCAGCUUAAAGACAAUCACGGCAUCAUACACUUCCUUCCUCCGGCUUUUAGCAACUCUGGUAAACAGCAUUGGUUGUCUGAAACGCCUUUAAAUGUCUCUGAGUUAUUACGCAUCUUGUAAUUACCAAAACAUUUAUUGCUUUUAGUUUUCAAAAUCAUACCAAAUAAAGUUAAAUGGUCAAAAAAUUAA